UCAAAUCUCAGAAGAUGGAUGAGGAUAUCAAGUUCCUCAUUGUGAAGACUAUUAAGCUUCAGGAGCUGGCCCUCAUGUCAGACAGCGACAAGGCCAGAAGAAGAAAGGAUGAAAGAAAAGCUCAGAAGGAGGAAGAAAAGAGACUGAAGAAGGAGCUGAAAGAGAAGAAGGAGCAGGAGAAGAGAGAGAAAAAGCAAAGAGAGAAGGAGGCGAAGGAGGAGAAGAGAAAGACAACUUCUCACCUCCCUUCACCCUGUUAACCCCCUUCACCUCUCCCAUCCUUCCACGCCCCUAAUCCUGUCUCCCAUCCCCUCAUCCCAACUGCCCUCCUCCACUUCCCUCCCCCCCA